AUGGGGUGGCUGGACUCGGCCGGAUGGCCCGAGCUGAGCAGCUUUGCGGCUCGGCACGUCGAUAUCCCAACAUCCGCGUCGCAGGUGGCAUGUGCGGCUGCCGUCGCCAUAGUCUGCCUCUGCCUCUGCCUCGGCCUCCUGUCCGCCCCGCAGCCUCGGCUGUACGCCGUCCCGCCGCCCCGAUACCCGGACCCCGGGUCCGGCGCCAGCGACGACGGCGGCAGCCGCGGCAUCAAGGUGCCCGGGAGCUCCGCGAUCCGGUGCUACGCCCCCGCCACCGGCCAGUUCCUCGGGCUGGUGAACCCGUCGACGCCCGACGGCAUCGACCGCAGCGUGGCGGCCGCGGCGGCCGCGCAGAAGGCGUGGGCGGCGACCACGUUCCCGCAGCGGCGGGCGGUCCUGCGGUCGCUGCUGCGCCACGUCAUGGACCACGCCGACGACAUCUGCCGCGUGGCGCGGCUCGACAGCGGCAAGACCAUGGUUGACGCGCACCUGGGCGAGAUCCUGGUGACGCUGGAGCGGAUCCGGUGGACGCUGGCGCACGGCGAGGCGGCGCUGCGGCCGUCGCGGCGCCCGACCACCCUGCUCAUGGCGCACAAGCGCAACACGGUCCGCUACGAGCCGCUGGGCGUCGUGUGCGCCCUCGUCAGCUGGAACUACCCCUUCCACAACAUGAUGGGCCCCGUGGUCAGCGCCCUGUUCGCCGGCAACGCCGUCGUCGUCAAGGCCUCGGAGCAGACGGCCUGGUCGAGCGCCUGGUUCGCCGGCAUCGCGCGCGGCGCCCUCGCCGCCCACGGCCACGACCCCCGGCUCGUCCAGGCCGUCGCGUGCUGGCCGCGCGCCGCCAGCCACCUCGCCGCGCACCCGGGCGUCAGCCACCUCACCUUUGUCGGCUCCCGCGCCGUCGCCCACCACGUCGCCGCCAGCGCCGCCCGCAGCCUGACCCCCCUCGUCGCCGAGCUCGGCGGCAAGGACCCCUUCAUCGUGCUCGACUCCGUCCCCGCCCGCGACCUGCCCCGCGUCGCCGAGGUCAUCCUGCGCGGCACCUUCCAGGCCGCCGGCCAGAACUGCGUCGGCAUCGAGCGCGUCAUCGCCGCCGGCGCCCACUACCGCCGCCUCGUCGACCUGCUGGCGCCCCGCGUCCGCGCCCUCCGCGUCGGCCCGGGCGACGACGCCGACGUCGGCGCCCUCAUCUCCGACGCCCCCUUCGACCGCCUCGAGGGCCUCGUCGACGACGCCGUCGCCGCCGGCGCCCGCCUCCUCGUCGGCGGCAGGCGCCUCGCCCACCCGGACUACCCCCGCGGCCACUACUUCCAGCCCACGCUGCUCGCCGACGUCACCCCCGGCAUGCAGAUCGCCCACCACGAGUGCUUCGCCCCCAUCCUGACCCUCAUGCGCGCCGCCUCCUCCUCCCCGCCCGACGUGCUCGCCGUCGCCAACGCGCCCAGCUUCGGCCUCGGCGCCUCCGUCUACGGCGCCGAGCGCGACCCCGCCCUCGGCCACGUCGUCCGCGGCCUCCGCGCCGGCAUGGUCGCCGUCAACGACUUCGCCGCCUACUACGCCGUGCAGCUGCCCUUUGGCGGCGUCGCCGGCUCCGGCUACGGCCGCUUCGCCGGCCAGGAGGGCCUCCGGGGCUUGUGCAACAUCAAGAGCGUCUGCGAGGACCGCUUCGGCUGGCUGGGCAUCCGGACCGCCAUCCCCCCGCCGCUGCGGUACCCCGUGGCCAGCCAGGAGAGGGCCUGGGCCUUUGUCCAGGGCGUGGUCGAGCUGGCGUACGGCCAACUGCCCAUGAAGCUCAGGGGUUUGGGCAAAAUCGUGGCGAACCUGUGA